CAGUAAAUAAACAGCUGUGUAUUUAGUACUGUUGUACAGUUUGCGUGAAAAUUAUCAAAAAAUACGAAAUUGGUAAAAUAUUUGCAUUGACACAAUUUUUGAAUUUGGUCAAAUUAGGAUGGUAGGUUUAUGUCGGUUAUGCGCCGCUGUGCGUAAAAGGGAUAUGUUAAUUCCCAUGGCUGUUGAUGUGCAUCAGAAAUUAAGGGAAUGCUUUGCACUGGAAAUGUGUCAACCUGGUGAUAAAUUGCCAAAACGUGCCUGUGCUAUUUGUCUAGAUACAUUGCAAAAUGCAUUUAAUUUCUUUAAGAAAGUGCAGGAGUCCCAAGAAUUGUUAACGGUAUUGUUCGAUGAAUUAAAGGAGGAAUCAAAUAAAAAUAGCGAAAUAUGUACGAGAUUAAAUGAGGAAAUCGAUGCAAAAUUUCAUUCCACUGAUGUAGUUAAAGAGGAUUCAGUGAAGAAGACUGACAUAAAUGGUAAGCGAAUAAUAGUAUCGGACUCGAUCCAGUUAAAUGUUGAAUUGAUGAAAGGAAAUCACGAAAGAGAUGAAUUUGAAGAAUAUCAUGUAAUGGAAAGCGAAGAGCUUAUGAGAGUUGAGACCAUGUCAAUGAAUAGCGAAAGCAGUGGAGCAAAAAGCCCUAACCAACUUUCCGAAGGUAGUACAGAAGUUGAAGUUGAAACCUACUUUUUGGAGGAAGAGGAAGAUCUGGAACAAGAGCAGGAACAAAUAUAUGAGCUUGAACCCGAGAGACUAUUAAAAAAACACGAUAAGGUAAUCGAUAGUAAUUGCAAGCCUACAAUAAUUGAAAUCAUACCUCCGACUAAUGAUGACAGCAGAUAUUCGAAGUGUUUACAAGCAGAAGACAACGAUAAAAUCCAAGUAGCAGAAUGGAGCGCUUACUCUUGGGUUUGCUAUUCCUGCUCGGAGACCUGCGAGAGUUUCUUUGCGUUGCUUUUACAUUGCAAAGAAAAUCACAACAUCAUUGACGCCAAUUAUAUGAAAUAUAAAUGUGCUGAUUGCCACAAAAUAUGCACCCACUAUAAUAAAUUCCUUAAUCAUAUACGAUUCCGUCACAAUCCAGAAUUAAGUUUACGAUGCGACGUUUGCGAUGCUCAGCACGAAAGUUACUCACAAUUAGCUCUUCACAGAGAGACGACUUGUGCGGCAGCUCAGUCAUAUCCUUCGAUCGAUUUGUGUAGUAAAUGUGGCAAAAGUUUUCACAAUCGAAAUGGCACAAUGGUACAUGCGCGUGCCCAACACACUGAAGGGAAUAGUGACGAAAUCAAGUGGCUAUCAUGUGCUCAAUGCGAUAAGAAGUUCAAACGGGUUGCGAAUCUACGAGCACAUGAGCAUAUUCAUUCUGGUUUGAAAGAAUAUAUGUGUGAAAUUUGCGAUCGCAAAUUUCGUCAAAAGCACAACUUAGAAAUUCAUUUGUAUACACAUAUAAAUGAUAAAGUUUUCGAGUGCAAAAUUUGCAAGAAAAGUUUAAAAACGUCAGCAAGUUUGGAAAAACACCAGCAAAUUCACAAAGAUAUCAAGAAGUUCGUCUGUGAUUAUUGCGACAAGGAGUUUCGCACAAAAGAUGCAAAGCUGUCCCACGAACGUAUACACACUGGUGAAAAACCAUUCAAAUGUAUAUAUUGCGAUCGGUGUUUCCGGUUUCGUAGCGGUUUGAUGGGUCAUAUUAAUAUACAUACGGGGGAGCGCCCAUAUUCAUGUCAAGAUUGCAGUCGUCAAUUUACCAAUUGGGGUAACAUGAACAAACACAUGAAACGUUGUCACAAGCGCGAUAGUGGUGAGAAAAGCAAAUAGUAGUAGUUUGUAGCAACACAAACAACACUACUAAUAUCGUGACCGUUUCUGUAUACCCGUGUGUAUGUAUGUGUACGCGGCGAAGACAAUGAAGACUGAAAGUGAAUAGUGUGAGUCGCCGAAUAAGAUGGAUUUGAAAUCAGAAACCUAUGGAAUGGUCACCAUCACCUAAAAAACAAGUAUUAGUAAUAUAAAGUUAGAUAUAGAGCUCCUGCUAAAAGAUUUUUAUACUAGCAUUUAAGAAUAAAGGCUUUCAAAAUUUA